AUGUCUAACACAGGCUUUUCAGCAGUGAAUUCGUCUAAAGACAUCUUCUCUAUUUUGCCUGUGCUGCAUAAUGUAUCUCUGGACCUUAAUGAAACACUUUAUUUCAGCAACUUAAGUAGCAUUGGAUUCUGUGAACAAGUCUUAAUAAAAACGGAGGUGUUUUUAACCCUGGGGAUCAUCAGCCUGCUGGAGAAUAUUCUUGUUAUUCUUGCAAUACUAAAAAACAAAAAUCUCCAUUCCCCAAUGUACUUUUUCCUCUGCAGUCUUGCAGUGGCAGAUAUGCUAGUCAGUGUGUCUAAUGCCCUAGAAACUAUUGUGAUUGCUGCACAAAAUAAGUAUUUGUUUAUUGGGGAUCAAUUGCUCCAACAGCUUGAUUAUGUGUUUGACUCUAUGAUCUGUAUUUCUUUGGUAGCGUCUAUUUGUAAUCUCUUGGUAAUUGCCAUUGACAGGUACAUCACCAUCUUUUAUGCCUUACGUUAUCAUAGUAUUAUGACUGUAAAGAAAGCACUUGUGCUCAUUGUUAUUAUUUGGAUGUCUUGUAUUAUUUGUGGCAUUGUGUUCAUUGCUUACUCUGAAAGCACAACUGUCAUUGUAUGCCUUAUCACUAUGUUCUUCACAAUGCUUGUCUUAAUGGCCACCAUGUAUAUACACAUGUUUUUAUUUGCACGCCUACAUGUGAAAAGAAUUGCUGCCCUACCAGUAGAUGGUGUGGUCCAACAGAGAACAUGCAUGAAAGGCGCCAUUACAAUUACCAUACUUCUUGGAGUAUUUUUCGUUUGCUGGGCGCCAUUUUUCCUUCAUCUCAUUCUAAUCAUUUCAUGCCCCUCAAACUCUUACUGUGUAUGCUACACUUCAUACUUCAACACUUAUUUAAUCUUGAUCAUGUGCAAUUCUGUGAUCGACCCCCUGAUAUAUGCUUUUCGAAGUUUAGAGAUGCGCAAAACUUUCAAAGAAAUUAUAUGCUGCUAUGGAAUGCAUUUUGGGAAAUGUGGUUAG